UUUUCGAUUUCAAACUUAUUCCUGUCGGCUUAACUCCAUUUGUUCCAUAAAUAAUAAAAUGACAAUACAAGCUUAUGGAUUGUUACUUCAACAAUAUGUACAUCCUCAUCCAUACAAAACCUUGGUUCUAAUCAUUGAUAGUUACAUAAACACAUGCAAUUAAUGAGAAUAUUUAGUAUAUCUACCAUUUUAUUAGUCACUCAUAAUAGAUGUAUAAUUAUUUGAAAAAAAAAAUUAGUUACGUGUAUGCGUUGCUUAAUGAGGAUCAUGCAGACAUUGAAUUAAUUAUGUAUUUAAAAGUAAUAUCAGUGUAACUUUCAAUCUAUGAAAGGGUAAUAAUAAGAUUUUUUGCACUAAUAGUCAUAUGGCCAUUCAAAAAAUAGUACCGCAAUUGCAUUUGUUAUAGUGGCUCGAUAGGUUGGUACGAUUGAGUCAAUAAUGGUGUCACAUAGAUUGACUCGUACAUUCAAAUACCAGCUAUGUAAAAAUUCUGAAUUGUUGUCUUUUCUGAAAUGUACCACAACGAAAUCUCGGAUUUGAAGCUAUUUAGAGUUUAUCAAAUUCCGAAUGUUGUGAUCUCAACACGUAGAACGAAGUAUCUAUGGUUUUAACACGAGUAGUUUCCGAGAUACAAAGGCUUCAAUUUGAGUAGUCCCUAUCCGUAAUCUGGAUUCGAUACAAUAUAUUUAAUAGUUUGACAUAUUAAUGUCCUUACAAGCCUGCUCACCAACAUUGCAAUUCUGUCACAUGUGCAAAGGCGGCUCAAACUUUCAUGGAUAAAGCAGAUUUGUCUGAAGAACAAAGACAAAAACUGAGGAACCAUCACAAGGAGUGCUCAGCCGAAACCAAGGUUGAUGAAGAAUUGGUGAAAAAGGCAAGGCAAGGAGAUUUCGCAAAUGACGAAAAAUUGAAGGACCACAUCUUAUGUGUAGUUAAGAAGAUUGGUAUCAUCGAUGACGCUGGUGACAUUAAAACUGAUGUUAUGAAGGCCAAAGUAGGAUCCGUUGUAGGAGAAGAGCAAGCCGAGAAACUGAUCAAGGAAUGUGCAUUGAAGAAGGCAGAUGCAAGGGAAACCGCUUUCGAAAUGGUCAAAUGCAGCGCUUCAAAAUCUGGCAAAAACAUCAUUUAAGAAAUAGUAUUAUAGAUAUAUUUUUACAAUAAAUACUUUAUUAAGUCUACUUGUAGUAUCAUUUAUUGAAUAUUUUUUAUAGAAGGUGUGUUGCAGACAUGGGGACAAACUUCUUUGGAC